GUUAGAAGGAUUUAAAUAAUUUUAUUGACUGCCUUCAUUUCAGUGCUCGCGUUAGACACCCCUGGUAAAGUGCAUCAAUUUCGCUGUAACCAAAGGCACCAUCAUCACUCUGACAACUUUUGAUCGUUCUUCCUAAGGUAGCUUCUGCUCUUGGUACAAAGCGUAUGCAGAGAGAACGCGAAAUAUAAACAACGAGGAGGAGUCCUUACGCCGUAUCUCUUACUCAUGUUUUUUUCCCGUUGCCUCUUCGUCGUAUACAAAACCAGCGGCGGAAAGGCAUGGAACCCAACUGGAGAGCUGCGUCCCCUAUCGCCAUGCCAAAUACGUACUCGGAAAAAGAACCUGGGUAUCGCCAUGAAGAACAUGUCUGUCCUUAAAAUGGCGGCGGCAAGGCAGCCUGCAGUGCCCGUCCGGCUGUACAAACCCCUGAACUUCACCAAGAUGGUUUGGCUGAAGAAGAAACUCGACGAGGCGCGUCAGUCCUUGUCCGCAAGUGGGGAAGAUCAGACGCUGCAGAAGAAGGACGGACCGUUAUGA